CAUCAGAAAUAAAAGCCUAUUGAAGCGUCAAAUUGAAGAAAAACGUUUAGUCCAGCUAUUUAUUUCCUUGCAAUUUCCACUCGCCCACUUCUGCGUUUCGAAGAGCUGACUCGGUCAGGCUGUUAUCCACCAGAUCGUUUAACAAGGUUCUUCUCACAACUUCGUUACUGCAGUUGAACGAGAGGCUAAAGUGGAGAUUGGGCGAUGGCUGAUGCUAUGACUACUAGCCACUGGUGCCACAUGUGUCGGCAAAGAGUGAACCCACUCUUGGAAACUGAGCUUAAGUGCCCUUUUUGCGAUUGUGGAUUUGUGGAAGAAAUAGCCGGAAGGGAGGCGGCCGAAUCCGAAGAUGUUGGAUCCGAGCGAGCCGUCUCUUCAUGGGCUUCAGUAAUGAUGGAUAUGAUGGGUAAUCCGUCUCGCCGGUCUCGGAGCCGGAGAUUUUCAAGAAUAGAAGAUGAUGAUGACUCUGAUCUGGAGCGUGAGCUAGAAUCCAUUCUGUGGAGGCGACGGCGGGAGACAGAUGAGGAUGUCUGGAGAACUAGGAUGGAUGAGGAUGAUGAGGAUUCGGAUGCUGAGAAUGAACUGGAGUCUAUUUUGCAGAGGAGGAGGCAGAAUUCAGCCAUACAUCAACUGCUUCGUAGCCUCCGAGAUGAUUUUAGGUCGGAAUCUGAUGAACCUGAGAUGGAAAGGGAGGUGGAGAGGGAAAGGGAAAGCGACAGCCUGGUUCUGAUUAAUUCUUUUAAUGAGGCUGUUAUCCUUGAAGGAUCCUUUGAUACUGAUCAGAACCCAAAUCAAGAGUCAGAUAGUACUACCAUUGGUGCCUCCAUUGGAGAUUACUUUGUUGGACCCGGACUUGAAAUGCUAUUCCAGCAUUUGGCUGAGAAUGAUCCCAACUGCUAUGGCACGCCACCUGCACAGAAAGAGGCUGUAGAUGCGUUGCCAACUGUGAAACUUCAGGAGAAUAUAAACUGUCCGGUCUGUUUGGAGGAUCUAGAAGUUGGAAUGCAAGCUAAAGAAAUGCCAUGUAACCAUAAGUUUCAUAAAGAUUGUAUUUUUCCAUGGCUGGAGCUCCAUAGUUCUUGCCCGGUAUGCAGGUUUCAGUUGCCUGCUGAUGAGUCAAAGGAUUCAAGUGGGUCAAUUGUUGAGAGUAGGGAGAGGGGAGUUAGUAGUGAUGAUGGUAUAAGAGGAAGGAGGGAUAGAUCUAGGACUCCUCCUAGGACCUUCAGUGGAACGUUUUAAUAUUCUGUUUUCAUGGUAAUGAAAAAGCUUUCUUGACUGAGCUGCACUCAUUCUCAGCAUCUAAUCACAAAACUCCUGUAGAUGUUUACUUUAUGCUAAGCUUUUCCGGCCUUAUGUACAUAGUCUUGUAAUUCCAUACCUUUUAUUAUGGUAGUGCGGACUGCAGAACCAGAGAGCACAUUUUGUUAAGUAUUUCAGAAUUUCCUGCCUUCAAUCCAUGUGGAGCCAACCGGGCUUUGCUGAAUUGAUGUGAGCUUUCUCGUUAUGUUUGCACUUCGUUUCUUCAUAGUGGUUCGACUUUGCACUUAAGUCUGGUAAGCAGUUUGAAUGAGGAUCAAUUAUCAACAUAUGCUGAGAUGGCUCUUUCUGUUUGUUGAUUUGGAUUAUGCUUCCUAUUACUUAUGGCCUGUCUUGUAUGUGUUGCUUUAUAAUGUAGAAAAACUUUAUAGGAAUAUCAUUUUUCUAUUAAACAUCUUUCAUGUUGA